AUGAACUGUUGCAGCAUUACCGUGCCCUGCCUUACUGCUGGGUCUUCUCUCGCUCGUCUCGUUCACCUAUAUUCACCACGUACAGUUCGGAAGAUGCCCAUUAUUUGUGGGGUCCUUCCUCCAGCCAAUGAUGCUUCCCCCUCCAAUCACUUUUCCAUGUGCAAAGCUUCAUCAUCUCUUGCUGUCACUCUUCUUACACGAUCCUGUCCAGUUCAGCUUCGCCUAAGCAUGUUCAAAGUGUGA